AUUAUUUUCCCAAAAAAUAUAAAUAAUCGGUCCAGAGGCCAAAAAGACAAAAUUUUCACGUUUACAAAAAAUAUAGAGGGCGCCACUUUUCCUAUUUAUUUCAUGUGUCAUUUUAGGUUAUCUUCUAAAUUAAAUGGAAAGCACCGUUCCACCUAAAGUUGAAAACGAGGCGGUAAAAGUGCGUGACGCCCUUUUGGGGCUCACUGCCCUCAAUCAUGAUGUAGUUCUGUUAGAUUACGACAAUGUUGUGAUUCAAAGGGACUACAAAAACUUAUCAAAAGUCCGGUUGUUGUCUGGAGGAGUCGCCGGUACUGAUUUGAUUCACGCGGUUUGUGUGGGUAAAGGCAUGUUAACGGCGGCCAUUCUGGGGGACGACACGGUCCCAAGCUCCCGCCAAAUUCUACACACAAUUAAGGAAUUAAACGAAGGGGACAAUUGCGGGAUUUUUGUGAUAGUCCAAGCGAACGCCGAUUUAUUUAAUUUUGGGUUGGCAGUCGAAAGGGCUAAUUCGGAAUGCCGCACUCGAGUCAAAUUACUCCCAAUUAAUGACGAUAAAAGUGUUGUAAAAGAACGAUAUUCGUGUGGGUUCAUCCUCUUGGCGAAAAUUCUGGGGGCUUUGUCGGAAAGUGGCGGGUUGUACAACGACAUUUGGGAGUGUUAUAAACAAAUCAUCGAUCAAAUUAUCACCGUCCCUUUGAAUUAUUCACACGAAGAAUCGGGCCCCCGGAAACGAAAAAGCAUAGUCCUUUCCACCGAUUUUGCGUCGAACGUUAGCCACAUUAUUGAUAAAAAAUCGCAAAUUUACUUAGGUCUCCACCCGUCAAUACCGACUGUAGCUCUUAUAAAUGCGUCGAAAACUAUGGAAAGAUACGUUGAGUUGGGUUUUGUCAAACAAGUUGUCGAAAGAUUGAAAGAAUUAGGCGUUUGCGUGGUGCGAAUUUACUACGGGAAUUUUAUUUCAGUGGCCCCUGGAAUGGCCUUUCUGACUGUAAUGAAAGUGCACGAUAUGAAAAUUAUUGAUUAUUUGGACGCCCCAUGUGGCGCUAUUGGUUGGCGAAGUUUUAGACAAUUUUUACCCGAAAUUAACACCUACAAUGAAAUUCCGGGCCUGCUGACCCACCAUGGAAAACAACACAUCAAGCUAAAGGGCCCCAAACUGGGGGAAUUCCAGAGUAAUAUUCUUGUUAAAGCGGUUCAAUUUGCGUGCGACGCUCUCAUUUCGUGUGAGCGUCAGUUGAAUAUAAUUGAUGAGGAAAAAAGCGAUGGCAAUGUUGGUACCCGUCUUAAAAAGAUGGCCGACGGCGUGAACAAACGCAUCAAUAAUAAAAAAUUACCUAUAAAUUGCCCUUACGGCUUUUUGAAAAAAUUGGGCAUUAUCGCAGAGUCGGCUAUAGGGGGCGCAAUGGGCUCCAUUUAUGGUGUCAUGUUUGAAAGCGCCGCCAUUUUAUUUGGGGGAUUACCCGAUACGGAAACUGUAACACCGGCUAUGUGGGCGAAAGCUUUCACUGUUGGAAUUGAAUCCCUGAAAAAAUAUUGUAUGAAAGAACCGGAUGAAAAAACAAUGUUAUAUCCGCUGAAACGUAGUGAUGAAAUAAUUAGAAAUGAGAUGGAAAAGGGGGAGCAUUAUUUGCAAUAUUUUGGAAUGGGAGUUAAUGUGGCUGAAGAGGCAGCACAGGAAACCAAACUUCCAAAUUGUAAAUACUCAGAUGCAGGAGCACAUGCAGUCGGAAUAUGGAUGCGGGCGGUUUUCGAGGGAGUUAAAUUAAUGACUGAGGGCAACCUGUGCGAGGGUGAAAGUUUAAAUAAAUAAAUGAUUUAUAAAAAAAAGUUUUUUUC